AUGAGCGAAGUAACAGGGCUUCUCCUGCAGUUUGCGGCGUUCCGACAGGAAACUCAAAAGCAGAUCAAGGAUCUGAAGAAAGAAGUCCAAGAGCUACGUGUAAUCAUUGCCCAAAACAAAGAGGAACCAAAGAAAAAGAUUGAGAUUGCUGGACCCAAAGCAGCAGCAAAGACCACCAGUGAUGUAAAGUUAGAACCAAUCACUUAUGGUGAAGCUCUUUCCAUGAUUGGUGGCACGGAAGCGUUGGCCAAACAAGCAGAGCGAAGUCGUGCACUCUGUGACUCUGUCAAUAAUGCAAAGCUACAGGCCGAACUUAACCAUUUAUUCCCCCAUGACACAAGCAAACGCACAGGAUUUUCCACAAGCUUGAUAAACCAGAAGUAUGUUCCAACUCUGGAUGAUCUCUACUCGAAAGCAGAAGCAGUGCUGGGCGACUUUUCCAAGAUGCUUGGCGACUUGGCGGAUAAAAGUAACAACUGUCGAGCAGUAGUUGGGCCGUUAAAGAGCAAAGUUCGGGCACGUAUGAAGGGGGCUUUUAAGUAUCGCAACCCCAAGAAUAAUACUAUUUCAUGGUAUAGAUUGACAGAUUUGGUCCGUGGAACAUUGGAAUUUACAAACGUCGAAGAUCUGUAUGAUGGGUUGAACACUUUGAUUCAACAUUUUGGUGACAAUGUUAAGGAGCUUAAUGAUCGAUAUCAGGAUCCACUGCCUGGAGGCUACCGUGAUAUCCAAACUGUUGUUGCUUUCGAAGGGCACAUGUGCGAGAUUCAACUGAAUACGGCACAGAUGAUGCAGGCCAAAGCAACGACAGGGCAUCGCAACUAUUCGGUUUAUCGCGAACUCAAGUCAGCGGUGAAGGCGGGCGAUAUCAGCCGUGUUCUCAAUGCAUUUGAAUUUGGUCGAGAACACCUUGGAGGAGCAGUGGACGAGGAAGGUGAUCACAGCGGCCUGAAGCAAUUGCUGCGAGGAGAUGCUGGUAUCUUGAUACAUACUGCUGCUAUUGAAGGAUACGCUGAAAUACUCCACGCGUUCUUAAUAUACGGAGCUGAUCCUAAUAUGCAAGACAAGAAUGGAGAUACCGCAUUGCACUUGGCUACAUUUCAUGGACAUGAGCCAUGCGUGUGGGUACUACUUCACGAGGAAGGGCACACUGACAUGGACAUACAAAACAACGAUGGUCAUACUGCGCUCGUGAAAGGAUACUUGAUGCUAUGGCAACGUCCUCCGGAGCCGGCAGUCCGUGCUGUGUCUACACUAGCACAAGUUUGUGGGGUCGAGAGAAUCAAGGAGGCGAAAACUAUUGCCGAUGCUGCUAUUG